AUGGUUCUAAUGAUCUGUGACAGUGACAUGAUAAUAAUUCAUUUUGAAGCCAGUCAGUUUUAUCUUAAGAGAGGUAAAACUGGUCAAGUACGACUGCUGUUAAGGAAUGAUGCUGUGCCAACUCUAUUUGACAUACCAAACUGUCCAAAGCCUUUUAGUAAAACAAACCCCCGACGCAAGUUAAAACGGAAAGCUCAAGAUAAUAAAGAACCACGAAGAUUGAAGUUGAUAAAGCAUGAUCACACGUACACCAAAGUGGCCAGUGCAUCAUGUUGUUUCGUAGAAAGUUACAAUAGUAGUGCUGAAAAUAUCAUCUCAACAAAUUUAAAUACAUCAAGUCACGUAAGUGACUAUGAAGUUGAGAAUCAAUCUGACACCCAAGCAUCUGAAGCAUGUGCCACUUGCAAGCAGCUGCAACUGGAAGUGCGUCGAUUAAAGUGGAAGAUUGCACAGCUGACUAAAAAAAGUAGUCAACAGAUGGCAAAACUUAGUUCAUUUUUAAAUGAAGAUCAACUUAGCUCUCUUUCCAAAAAUAGUAAAGGACAAGUGUGGUCUGAUGAAACUAUUAAGAAAUGUUUGCAAAUUAGAUGUACGACUGGUGCACAUGGAUAUGAAUUUCUAAGAAAACUGUCAUUUCCAAUUCCAUCAUACAGAACACUAUGUAGGCGAGUCAGUGCUUUAAAAUUUCCACCAGGGAUUGAACAAAACAUAAUCAAGUACAUGGGCAUGAUGUUUGGCACAGCCAAUAUGGAUGACAACAACAAACCAACUUAUUGCAGUCUCGUGUUGGAUGAAAUGCAAAUCAGAGAGGGCAUAGAGUUCGAUUUAUCUUUGAAGAGAUUUCUCGG